AUGGAGGGAAGCGUCAUAUCGAGCGAAGAGCAGUUGUUGUGGCAAGGCGAGAAGUUGCUCGUGCUGCUGCGGGGACCUCCUGGCUGCGGGAAGUCCACCUUUGCCCGGACGUGGCUCGCAGGGGUGCUGAAGACAAGCCUGGCGGAACUCGAGGAGCGGCCGGCCUGGCGACUCGCACACGUCUGCAGCUCCGAUGACUUUUGCACGUCACGAGAGGACGGCGACGAGGUCUAUGAGUUCGGUGCGCUCUCCGCUAGGACAGCACACGCCCUGAAUGAGCAGCGUGUGGACAUCGCACUGCGCUUGGGGACGACGCCCAUCAUCGUCGACAACACUCACAUGGAGCUGUGGGAGAUGCAGAGCUACGUUUCCCUGGCCCUCAGCUGCCGUUACACCGUACGUGUGGUGGAGCCGGCGGCCUUCAAUCCUGAGUGGAAGGACGUGGUCCACCUGAUGCAUCGCAACGCCCAGCGGGCUCAAUCCGGAAAGAAUGUUCCGGUGGAGGUGCUCAAGAAAAUGCUGGGCCGAUUCCAACCCUUCUCUGGUGAUCUUCGGAGCAUCGCUGGCGCUCCCAGGCCGGAGCCCUCGGAGACCCAGGAACUCCGGAUUGACUCCACGGACGGCUGCAGCUACACCCUCCAGGACUUCGUAGACGAGUACGGGGGCUCCCAGGAGGAUCCUCCCAGGGAGUGGGUCGAAGCUGUGCGGGCGCCGAGAGCGAUCAAGGCCCGGCCCAGGCGUAGCGAGAGCUCUGGGAGUUCAUCCUCCUCCAGUCGCUCUUGCCAAGAAAGGAAGAGGAGGAGGACUCAGAGCAACUCGCCUUGCAAGCUGGUUCUGGAAGCUCUUUGGGAUGAUCCGGCACUCUCCUCCUGGGAAGAGCGGCGUGCAAAACUGAGAGAACGCUACCAAGUGGAGGUGGAGGAGGAUGAGAGGCUUUUCAUCGUCUCUGCCGAUCACAGCCAUCCGCUUUGGUCGAGUGAGGAAGCUCAAGUGCUGCGUGAGAACCGCGGCACCGUCUACGAGAAGUCUUCUGGAAAACCUCUCUGCCUGCCAUUUUACAAGUUCUGGAACAGGGGAGAACGCCUAGCCGAGCAGAUUGACUGGGAGGAUGGAGCCAUUGCCGAGGAGAAGAUCGACGGUAACCUUCUGAAGCUCUUCUAUUUCCAAGGUACUUGGCGCCUGGCGAGCAACCGGACGCUGAAGGUUCAUGAGCCCAACGACAAGUACGCCUGCACAGGAAGGACGAAUUACCAGCUCUUUGCCGAAGCCGCGGCGAACAGUUCGCUCGAUCACAGUCGCCUGGAUCCAGGCUGCUGCUACAUGUUCGAGCGCGUCCAUCCGGAUUUCAGGAUCGUGCUGGACUACCCUCGAGCCAUGCUGUAUCACAUUGGCACCAGGGACAUGAGGACAUUGAAAGAGAUCGAUGUGGACAUCGGAGUUCCCCGACCGAAGCGAUGGGAGAUACGAAGUGCCAAAGAGUGCCAAAGCUUGCUUGACUCCUUCCAUGGAUUCUCCGAGGGGCUUGUCGUGAGAGAUGCCAAGUACCGGCGGCAGAAGUGGAAAAGGCGAGAGUACUUGCUGAUGCACUCCGCUCGAUACCUCGUUGGGGAUGACCAGCCCUGCUAUGCUUGGGUCGCGAGGAGCAGUGCAGCCGGAACUAUGGACACGGACCGCUUGUGCCUGAAUGUUUGGUUGAGGUCCGAGUCCUCCGAGUUUGCGGCGUACUUCCCUGAGGCCUUGGAGCGCUACAACCUGGUGCAAAGGCUCUUAGAGGAAGAAGGACUCUGCGAGGGCCUCGGCGAGCGCAGAGAGCGCGAGCCUGGAAGCGGGCGCUUCCUUCACGAAGCGUUCGAAGUGCUCUCUGGGAAGCAGCAGUCAAGUGUGCCGGUGAAUGGACGCACUCUUCUGCUGGUCUUGUACCCACACAUCGAUGAUAGAGCCCCCGACUUUCAUGAACAGAAGCGCAUACAGUCUGCCCUGGAUGCCGUGGCCGCCCUGGCCAUGCCUCCCCUUUUCAAGCGGCGCAACCUCUAUGCGACUGUCGGAGUGCACCGCUACGCCUCAGAACUGCAGAUUCGUGCUGCCUACCGCCGCCGUGCUUUGGAGAAGCACCCGGACAAAGGCGGCAGCCACGAGGCAUUUCUGGCUUUGAUCAAUGCUUUCGAGGUCCUCUCAGACCCGCGCGUGCGCGAAGUCUACGACCGGGACCUGGAGAGGCGGGGCGAACGCGAUGGCCUGGGGCGCCUGAGGCGGGUCAUUGACGAGCCGCCGCAGAGAGAGGCGGAGGUCUCUCCGCCUCAAGCGAAGAGUGCUGAGGAGUUUGGGCCCUUUGGGCCCGGCCCAGGCCAAGAGCAGAGAGAACCUCAGGCCAAGGUGGGAAGCAAAAGAGCUCGUCAAGCCGGGACGACGAGACCUAGACCGGAGUACUCCGAGGCGCAGGAGUCCGCAGCUGCAGGGCCACAGGAAGCACAGGAGGUCCAAAGCGUGUGGAGACAACUCUUGGAGGCCGAGGCCGAGUGCGAGUUUCCCUCCAUCCUCAAGGGACGGAGCUGGAGAUUUCUAGGAGCAGUGGCUGGCGAAGGCCACGACUUCUUGCGGAGGCGAGCGUGGUUCAAAAAGGUGCCGAGGCCUCCAAAGAAGACGAUGCGAGUGCAGAAAGCCUCGAAGACGGCCGGAAGAAAGGUUGGCCUGCAAUCGCUGAUGGAUGCCUCAAAGAAGGACAGUCUGGGCGAGAAAGCCUGCCAACACAUGCAGAAGCACAUUCGAAAGGUUGGGCCGCGAAGCUUCAACCUGGUGAUGUGCUUCGACUGGCUCGAAGUUGCCAGCUCCUCUACACAUCUGGUUGAGGCCAUCGAUUGGCACAUCAUCCUCAUGAAGUUCCAGCGUUUGGCAAAAGAGAUCUUCAGUCAAGGGCAUGCAGAUGACUACCCUUUGGUCUCCGAGACACUCCAGUCCGUCCUCGAUGAGCAUACGCAACAGGGAGGACGAGCUCCCACCCUGACCUUUGCUUUGCGCAUGUACUUCAGAAAUGGCGAGAAGCACAAGCUCUUCCGCUUCUUUCGGACUACAGAUCUUCGAUGGGUGCUCCACUGCCGCACGCGAAUCAGAGCGAUGAUGCCAACAUGCGAUCACGAUGUGUUUCUGCGGGCAGUUCGUGGCAUGUGCCAGAAGUCUAUUGAAAUGUCUGGAGAGGCUCACAAGAGGCACUACGACAAAAUCCGUGCCGACAAUGCCGCCAUGAAGGCUGCAAGGAAACUGCAGACAGAGAACAACGCCAAGUUGCACGCCCGAGCCCAGGCUGCGGUGCAAUUUGUUGCACAAGCUAGGAAAAAGUUCAAGGCUGGAAAAGACAUGCAAGAUCUCGAUGCGAUUUUUUGCGACUUCGGGAUGGGCGAGCAGCUUUGCUUCUUCGCGAUCGUGCAGGCCCAAGACAGCGGGCACAGCGCUGGCCCACUGCGAGAGACGUGGCAGAAAGCAGCAAAAGAUUUGCAAGCGUUGAAGAAGAUUCAGAAGUCCAAAGGAGAAGCACAUGAGAACGUCGGGUUCAUCAUCGCAAAGUUGCAGCAUGUGAACUAG